AUGUUCGACAAGAAGCAUUCGGCAGCAGAGCUCGCUUCCGCCGCCCACUCCAUGUCCAGCACCGAGAAGGACCUGUCCAAGGUCGCGCACGUCGAGGUCGGCGACAAGGUUGACGACCUCGCCGCCGCGGGACACGUGGCGACCGACGCCCAUGGCAACCCGCUGUUCCAGUUCGACGCCGAGGCCGAGCGCCGGCUCGUGCGCAAGAUUGACUGGUGCAUCGUGCCCACCGUGUCGAUCCUGUACCUCUUUUGCUUCAUCGACCGCGCCAACAUCGGCAACGCUCGCCUCGCCGGCUUCGAGAAAGACCUCAAGCUCCACGGCUAUCAAUUUAACAUUUUGCUCACGUGCUUUUACAUCAGCUACAUUGUAUUCGAGAUCCCCUCGAACUUGUGCUGCAAGUACUUUGGUCCGGGCAAGUGGAUCCCGUUUAUCUCGCUGGGCUUUGGUGUAAGUGGCAUUGUUUCACCUGGGCAGCGCUCACCGUCGCAGGUUUUCUCCAUGAUCACUGCCUUUGUGACCAACUUCUCCAACGCCGCCGCGGUGCGCUUCCUCUUGGGCAUGUUCGAGGCCGGUAUGCUGCCCGGUAUCGCCUACUACAUGUCUAGGUGGUACCGCAAGCACGAGCUCGGCUUCCGCCUCGGCCUGUACAUUGUCAUGGCGCCGCUUGCCGGGGCUUUCGGCGGCCUCCUCGCCUCUGGCAUCCUCAAGCUCAACGGAAUCGGAAAGGUCCACACGUGGCAGCAGAUCUUCCUCAUCGAGGGCAUCAUCACCAUCGGCCUGUCCAUCAUGUCGUACUUCACCCUCACCGACCGCCCGGAGACUGCCCGCUGGCUCACAGAGGAGGAGAAGGCUCUCGCCAUCGCCCGCGUCAAGUCGGAGAACGUCGGAACGUCCGAAGUUCUCGACAAGCUCGAUACCCCCAAGAUCCUCCGCGGUAUCUUCAACCCCAACACCCUCAUGGACUCGGCCAUCUUCUUCCUCGACAACAUCACCGUCCAGGGCCUCGGCUUCUUCCUCCCUACCAUCAUCGCGACCAUCUACCCCAAGGCCACGACCAUCCGCAAGCAGCUCUGGACCGUGCCGCCGUACGUGGUCGGCGCUUGCUUCGUCGUGGUUGUCCCCUGGCUCGCUAUGAAGACGAACCGCCGCCUCGUGUACAUGAUCGGAUCGGCCCCGCUGGUCAUGAUCGGUUACAUCAUCUUCCUGGCGACGAAGAACACGCAUGCGAGGUAUGGUGCCACCUUCCUCAUCGCUUCCGGCGCCUUCACUUUUGGCCCUCUCUGCAACGCGCAGGCGUCAGCCAACACCCUUUCGGACACGGCACGCUCUGCAGCGAUCGGCACGACGGUCAUGUUCGGAAACAUUGGUGGCCUCGUCUCGACCUGGGCCUUCUUGCCCUUCGACGGACCAAACUACCCCAUUGGAAACGGCCUCAACCUGGGCACUUCGUCGACAAUGUUCCUCCUCUGCAUUGUCCUUCUCAUGUGGCUCACGUACGACAACAAGCGCCGCGACCGCGUCGACCCUGAUGAGAAGCUCCAAGGCAUGACGGAGAAGCAGAUUCAGGAUCUCGACUGGAAACACCCCGGCUUCCGCUGGCACCCUUAG